AUGGAGGAGUUAUUUAAAUUGAAAAAAAAGGAUAGUACCGAAAAGAAAUCUACCUCACUCCAGAGGUCGAUGGAUAUAUUCUUGCGGUUGACCAACCUCUCAAUGGAAUGGAAUAUGGUUUGUUUCGUUGGCUCCUUUGUUACGCACUCAGAAAGGGAGAAAUACUGGGACGAAAUGCACAAAAAAAUGGCUCAGUCGAUACUGGAUAACAUAAAAACGCUGAAAGGAUGCUGGGUGAAGCUGGGCCAGUUCCUGAGCACUAAAUCAGGCUUCCUGCCGCCAUAUUACCUAGAGGCGCUGACGCAGCUGCAAGACGUCAUGCCGAACAGCGACUUCGGAGAAAUCAUAGAAACGCUGGAGGAAGACCUGGGCUUCAUGGACGUCGUGUACGGAAACUUCGACUCAAUUCCAAUCGCAAGCGCGUCAAUAGCACAAGUGCACAAAGCGAAGCUGGUGGACGGCUCGCCAGUGGCAGUGAAGGUACAGCACAAGUCGAGCGAACAGAACCUGAUGAACGACAUAGAGAUCCUGAAAAUGAUAACGUCAAUGAUGCACUCAGCAGGAAUAUACCCGGACAUCAAGGACUACUUCGAAGAGUACGCGUCGUACGCAGCGAAGGAGCUGGACUUCACAAUAGAAGCGAACAACAUAGAGCUGUCGCACGCAGAUGUAAUAAGGUCGAAGGUGCCAGUGAAGCUGCCGAAGCUGUACAGCGAGUACUGCUCAAGGCACGUUAUCACGAUGCAGUUCUUUGACCUGAGUAAGUUCACGGACAAGGAGUUCAGGAGCAGGCACAACGUUAACAUGCCGCAGGCGAUCUACGACGUACACGACUUCGCAAUCUUCCAGCUCAUGAGUUGCGGAAGGAUGCACUCGGAUCCUCACCCAGGAAAUUUGCAGCUGCACUACGACCCGAAGGAGAAGAAGGUGUACCCGGUAUUCCUUGAUUGGGGGUUCACGACGCACAUCGACGACGUGUCGAGGCUGGGACUGGCGAAGAUGUACAAGUCGCUCUUCACGCACGACCCGAUGGGAAUGAUCUCAGCAAUGAUGGAGGUUAAGUUCACGAAGAUAGAGGCGUUCCCGUACCGCUACGACUCGCUGUUCGACGCGUUCAUAGGACUCUUCCUGUCCUCGUACAAGUUGACCUUCGGAAACGCGUUCAGAGAUGAGCCUGACACGGACGAGUACAUAAAAAAGACGAGAGAGAUGCAGGCGAAGGUGAACAGGCUGAUGCAGGAGUUCCUAGUUAAGUUCUUCAAAAAGGCGCCGAACUUCGUGCCGCUCUCGCUGAAGGUGCUCUUAGAGUACCAGUCGCUGUCGAAGAUGGUGAAGGCGUACGCGCCGUUCCUGCACCUGGUGUACAAAAACUCGUCAUUCGCACUGUACUCGGUCUACGACUCGCCGCUCAACUACUACUACAGCCGCCUGGGCCUUCCGCUGCUUCAGAGUAAGCUGAACGCGAUCAAGUAUAAGGUGAAUGAGUCACUGAGAAGGUACACGUUCUACGACAUGGUGGAGAAGGUGGCGCAGGACUCGAGCAGAAGGAAUAAGAAUUUCAGGCUCUUUUCAGAGCUGUACAUAACUGAGAGUAAGAACCUGCUGGAGUCGAGGCUGUCGGACCUACUGAGGCACCUCUACCAAGACAACUCGAACCUGAUAGCAGCGCAGGUGGGAGUGAUCCGCAAAGGAGCAAUCGAAGUGGAACUCUCCUUCGGAAACAUAGACAAGUACGAAAAGAGACCAAUAUCGAACGAGAGCCUCUUCCCACUCUUCAACAUGAGCAGCGGACUGCUGACGAUAGCAGUGCUGCACCUGGCAUCGAUAGGGAAGAUAGGGCUCAACGACAGAGUUCACAUCUACUGGCCGGAGUUCAAGCAGAACAAGGAGUUCGUGACUAUCAGAGACGUGCUCGAGCACAAGUGCGGAGUGAUCUACACGGACUACCCAUUCGUCGACAUCUGCACGUCGAGAGAGACGAUGCGCAAGUGCGUGGAAAACGCGCGCUUCUUCUACCACAACAGAGGAGUGGACUACAUGGUGAUCUUCUACGGCUUCAUCCUCUCGGAAAUCAUCACGAGAGUGACGAAGGUGCCCACGGAGGAGUUCGUGAUGAUGCUGGCCUCGAUGGUGGGAAUCGACAGCGCGAACAUGCUGUACCCGAACCCGGUGGUAGCGAACACGAGAAACGAGGAGGGAGACAGCGACAGCGAGUCGAGCUCUAGUGAGUGCAGCCACGGCGACGACUUCACGAAGAACCUGAACCUGCUGUUCGAGCAGAGCGUCGCAGUGUUCGGAGACCAGCUGCCGCUGCUGAACCUGCUGAACGUAAAGGACACGGCCAGGGGAAGACCCAAGCCAGAAAAUAUCGCAAAUACCGACGAGUGCAGCAACGAGAGCGACCAGGAGUACUCGGACAGCAGCGAGGAGCAGCACGCGAGAGCGAAGGGGAAGAACAAGAGUGGGAAGAUGGGCGACGGAAGUAAAAAUGACCGCAGUAAGGCCCACGCGAAGGGAAUGAAGAAGUUGAAAGGAGGCGCCGAUGAGAGGAACAGCAGUCUGAAGAUAGUGUCGCUGGACGACAACUGCCUGGACAGCAGCUUCAGGCACGUGAACCUGGACAUCGAGGAGUUCAGGAAAAACCUGGCCUUCCAGUCGACGGUGAUCGACGUACCGACGGACGCGAAGGGGCGCGCGGAUGCGACCUACUACUGCUCCUGCUACAGGUACGACAAGGACUUCCCGGACGGGGAGCUGAAGCGCUGCUACGUGCCGACCAAGUACUGCCCAGUGCCGAACAGGCUGAUAAGGGUCUUCAGAGGGAACGCGGAGGACUCGGUGCUCCCGAGGUACCGAAAGUUCAUCGACACCGGGGAGCUGGAGCUGCCCGACGGGCACUACGACUCGGACUACUGCAGCCCCGUGAAGCAGGAGGACGAGGUCGACGUGAACUCGGAGGAGUACAUCUCGCGGAAGAUAAGGGAGUCGUUCAGAAGGACCUUCUCGAAGCUGUACGACUCAGAAGACGAGAAGAAUUCGGACUUGGAUCCGGCGAGUGAAGCUGAUCCCACUGAGAAUAGCCAGUCGAAUGGGCAGGAGAAGGACGGGGGCCCGAAUGCAUCUGUGAAGAUGGGAAAGCUGGUGAAGACGAGGCAGAAGAUACGCCUGAGCGAAAGCAGCCUGGUGAAGCUGGAGGGGUACACGCUUAACGACCUCGUGCGCUUCAAAAACAACAUGAUAGACCCGAUUGUCGCAAACUACAGGGAGUUCUACGAGAACUCGGUUCCUUUCCUGAACGCACGGGCCAACGCGCUGUCCCUGGCUCUGUUUUACUACUCAGUGCUAUCCGGGUCACUGGUGUCGGCGGAUCUACUGGCCGAGGUGAUGAAAAACAACAACCACGACAAGUCGUUUCUGCACAGAUUCUUUUUAGGGAUGUUCCAGGGUCGCUUUUCGCUAGGGUUUCAAAAAUUCGCAUUUCUGGACAGGGACAAUAACUUGUGCGAGGGCUUUGGGCACUCGGACAUUUCGGGCUCAGUCGUGAUGGGAAUUCCCUCGCACAACCUAUCAAUCACACUUUUUGUAUCGCACUGCACCAGACAAUACGUUACCAUAAAGAUUCUCAAGUUCAUACUUGAGCACUACGGACUGAGGCUCAUUGACUGCAACGUCAUGGACUCUAACUUUUACAGGGCACUCACCCUCUUGUAA